AUUGGCUAAUUCGCAUCCCGAAGUGCUUUUGUAUAUAUAGAAUAUUGUGAUGUUGUAUGCCAGUCUGAAGAAACCCCUCUUGGUCGUAUUGAUCAAUUUCUUUUUACAAGUGAUAUUCAAGGCCACCUUUUGCAACUGCACAAUGAUGAACCUUGGCUCAGAUGGCUUACGAAAGAGGGUCGCGAUCGUGGGCGCUGGCCCCUUGGGCUUGAUCGCGACGAAGAACUUUGUCGAAGAGGGCUUUGAUGUGACCACUUUUGAACGCAAUGAAUAUGUCGGUGGUCUAUGGCAUAUCACGUCUGAUCCUACACAGACUUGCGUAUUGCCUGGGACAAUCACCAACACAUCAAAGCUGACGGGCGUCAUGACCGACUUUCCCAUGCCAGAAUCAUAUCCCAUGUAUCCAACCGGCGAACAGAUUGAAGACUAUUUCCAAUCAUACGCCAAAGAGUUCAAGCUCAUUCAUCACAUCAAAUUCGGCACAGAAGUCGUCGGUGUCUCCCGCGAUGAAACCUCCAAGAUGUGGCGUCUCUCAUAUCGCUCAAGCAGCAAACCCGAUGCUGGGAUCCAGGAAGACACAUUUGAACGAUUGAUCCUCGCCACCGGAUCUUUCAGCAAGCCUUCAAUCCCCAACGUCAAAGGUAUUGAAGGCUUCAAGGGUGAAGUACUCCAUUCUCAAGCUUUCAAGAAUCCCGCCAAGUACAAGGGUAAGAACGUUCUCGUCGUUGGUCUUGGAAGCACUGCCGCAGACUCCAUUUCUGGCUUUCACAAGGCGGGCGCGAAUAAACUCAUCGUAUCUCAUCGACAAAAGGUUCUCAUUUUACCUCGCAUCACCAAGGACAACAAGGUUUUGGAGUUUACGCUCUCAUUUAGACUCCUUCAAUUGAUCUUCUUUCUUCAAGAAGUCAACGCGUGGCUAAUGUCCAUCAUCUUCUUUAGCGAAUUGAAGAAGAUCCAACAAGACAACUUUCCAGGCCUGUCAUCGCACCCUGCUUUUACAGAUGGACGAAAGAUGCCUGGGCCGAAACACAUGAUACCGACUGUCAGCGAUGACUUGGCUGGUUAUUUCUUGAGCGGAAGACUACGAAGCGCUCCAGGCAUUGCAGAGAUCAAUGGUCCCAAGUCAGUCAAAUUCGUCGAUGGCAGUGAAGCCACUGACAUUGAUCUGAUACUCUUCUGCACUGGUCUAUCACCGGACUUGGCUUCAUUCAUCCCCAAAGAAUACGACCCCUACAACGUGGAUCUAUCGCCCAGCUCAUUUGCCAAGCUUCAGCCUCACUACACAGCUGACAGACGUGUCGCUCGCUUAUACCGAGGCUUCAUGUCAAUCCAGUGCCCUCACCAGUUGGCUUUCCUCGGAACAACACUGGCGAAGCGACCCGCUUGGCAGCUCUACGACUUGAUGACCAUGGCUUUGGCUCAGCUCUGGGGAGACAAGUAUCCAAUGCCCUCUCCUGCAGAAAUGAACAAAGACGCCGAUGCCUUCAUCGACAAUAUUGUCAAGCUGAGCAAAGGUGGUGACGUCAAGUUCACUGGGGUCAUUGGCCACAAGGAAUUUGACAAAUGGUUGAAUGACGUGGCUGGGACAGGUCUCUAUGAUAAUUUGGGAAAUUGGACCAACGGGAGAUGUUGGAAGCUGUGGUGGAAGGACCGGGAAUUGUACAACAAGCUGAUGACGGGUAUUCUGUCAGCUCAUGUUUUGAGAUUGUUUGACACUGGUCGGGGGAGAAAGACUUGGGCUGGUGCAAGACAGGCUGUCAUGGAGGCGAAUGAUGCUGCCGACAACUUUGGCAAGGACAAGGCUUGAUAUGGAAAAUACAUUGUUUGUGUUUGAAGAAGAGUGUUGGAUGCAACUGCGAGGCCUGUGAUUGAGAGAGACGGGGAUAUCGUUGUACUGAUUGGAGUCAUGAGAUACCUAGUAUGAGCCUUAUACAACAGUCAGUGGAAUGUGUUCGAUGUACACGUAGCUUCACACCACUUAUCAACUGACCGCCUUAAUCGACUCAUAGCUCUCAG